AACCAUCAGGACCGUUAGGAAGAUCAAAAUUAUUUAUCUAAACAAAGUGAACAGUAAUUUAAGGCACUGUGAGUGGAGGCUUUGGAACGAACUAGAGAACUGCUGUCACGGCAUGGACAAGUUUGACGAUGCCAUACUGUCUGUGUUGCAGGCUGCGAAUAUUGAUGAGGAAACUUUGAGAAGCUUUACCCGGUAUGACCUAAAGGAUCUUUUUCCGGGCCAUGAAAAUUUCUUCCGUAGAAAGAAGAUUUGGGAUUUUAUCAGCCAAAAGUUUAAGAGUACUGACCAAGUUGCCAACACUUUCCAUCGAAGCGAGAGUAACCCCUUCGGCUUUGAUGUGUCACAAUGUCAGCCUCAAACUUCCACUCCCAUUUCCUACACUGCUGACAAAAAAAUGAAAAUGCCAGACCCACCAGAGUAUGUGGUGUAUACAGAUUCAGAGUUGGACAUGGUGCGCAGUCAGUACUUUGCAUUGCUCCACAGUGGAAAGGAAAAGGACUGCAGGAUGUCGAAGGAGCUCUGUUGCAGACUUGUAAGGAACACAGUCACCAGCAUGGUUGCAAUCCUCCGUGCUAGUCCCAUGGGGAAAGAAGUAACAUACCCCUCCAAACUCGAAAUGAGAGCAAUGUCACAGAAGAUUGUUGACUAUUACCCCAUGUUACGUGAUGCUGACACACACAUGCCAUACAUAAGUUAUUCUUUACCCACUACAAUAUCUAAAAUUGAGUGA